GUACGGAGACAGUUGGCAUCUAUUCGUUGUAUCGCGCAAAAUAUUAGGAACAUAGAGGGUUCAUGAUAUGGCAAAUCAUGAGUUUCGGCAUGUGUAGAAUGCGUAGAAUGUCUAGACGAGAUAGCGAUGUCAUCGGCACGAAAAUAGCUCCAGAAAGAAGAUUCGAGAGCGUGAAAUAAGCGGACUUACUUGCUGAGCUCAAUCACAAGGCAAGAACUAAGGAAAGAUGGAACAAACCCAUGCUGUGAAGUUGUACGUUUACGACUUGACGAAGGGCCUUGCCGCCCAAAUGUCCAUGCCACUUCUCGGAAAGCAUCUGGAUGGGGUUUGGCAUACAAGUGUCGUGGUCUUUGGAAGAGAGUACUUCUAUGGUGGAGGUGGAAUAGAAAGCUGCAAGCCAAGUGGCACCAUACUUGGCCAGCCAAACCAGGUGCAUGAGAUGGGCACCACUCAGGUUGACUACACAAUCUGGCUGGAGUACAUGGGGGGACUGGGCUGCGAUGAGUUCAGUGGUGAGCGCUACAAUCUGUUUGAGCACAACUGCAACACGUUCAGCAAUGAAGCCUGCCAGUUCCUGACAGGAAACAGCAUCCCAACAUUCAUUCUGAAUCUACCACACGAAGUCAUGAAUACCCCCAUAGGCGCCAUGAUGAAAGGCUUGAUAGAAUCUCUGUCCUCCAACCCUACCGGGCGAGUAGGGGGUCCUACUCAUCGACCCAUCUACGACCCAGUCCCACUCCCAAACUACCCGGAUCCACCCCCCGCAAAACCCUCGGAGGUAAAACCCGCUUCUGAAAGCACAGCCAAACCUGAACAAGCACAGAAGUCAGAACCUCAUCCCUCGACCAGUGAUGCGCAAGCCACCGCAUCAUCAGAAGCAGCUGCGACCAAUAAGGGGGCAGACUCUGGGCAUGCUCAGUCAUCGGGUGCUACCGCGGAUGUCGGGUCGCCGGUGAAGGACAGCUCAAGGGUCAACUUGUAUUACGAUUCAGACGACGAGUACAUAGACUCGUUGCGCCAGUCUGCUCCACCGGAGCCCUUGCGGUUGAAGGUCUUCAGUGGAGUAGAUGUUACAGCCUGUGUGGAAACCAUCAAGAAAGAAAUGCCGGAGGGGGUUCUGACGAGAGAGGAGAUGGAGUUACUGAUGGAACUGAAGGACUGCCUGAGGCUGGAGUUUCUUCUUGAAGAACCUCCCUCGCCAGUCAAAUCAGAGACCUUCCUUGUCAUUGGGAAGCUGCUGAAUCUUGCCAUCGGAGGAAUCCCGUCAGAGGUUCUUCAUCCCCUGGUAGACCUGCUCUCCAUGGCGUUCCUGAGCCAAGACGUCAUACACACGCUGUGUAAUAACGAAGAUCAAACCGUCAUGACGUUUGUCAGUAGCAGUGACUGCCAUCCACUGCAAAUCCAAAUAUCGGUCUUUAGAAUGCUGUGCAAUAUCUGCACUGCUUACAGCGGCAAGCACUGGUUGACUCAAGUCCGACAUUGGACCCUUGAAGAUGGCUCCCCGCAGUGCAACCGAGAUAUCGUGUCCCGAUUGGUGGUGUCGGCCAUACUGAGUGGCUCAGACGAAUUAUGCUGUGCUGCCUCGGCCCUUGUCUACAACCUGACCCGCUAUACGGUUUCUGAUGAUAAUGCAGUUGAGUUCUCCAGUGCCUUGUUGCAGUCUCUCACAUCAGAGGCCAUCUCAGAAGAAACAGCCUAUUACAGUCUGUUAGCCUUGUAUGGUCUGAUGAAAUGCGGCGAGGUCAUGUGUUUAGCAACAGUGAUGGGUCUGGACACCGCACGAUAUGCCAAGAUCUCGGACCGCCUUGGCAAGCUCUGUGCAGAUAUAGACAGCGUGAUUGGUUAGUUGGUCAAUUGUGACUUGGUAGUUAAGAUGCUACAAGACAUCAACAAACCUUGAUAUGAAUAAGUGCAGCGUUUUGGAAUCUUACCAAUCUGCGUAGACAAAUGGUAUUGAUACCUUGUACAGGUUUUUAUUGUGAGAACAACAAUUCAUAAAAAUGUGAAAUGGGAAUUCAAGAAAUGUGACACAGGAUUGAGACUUUUGAUAUAAGCCACGAAAGUUGUACGUGGAAACAAACACAAAGGAUUUUCAUAACAUAUUAAAUAGUCUUUAGCCGCAAUAUUCAUGCAUGCCUUAUGAUUAAAAAUGGUGUAUUUAUUACAAUAACUUAUGUUUAAGUAACUAGGUGAAAAAGUUUAAUGACAUUAAUUUGCUUGUACAAUAUUACAUUUCAAGGUGAUUUGGAAUCUAAAAUUGUUUUGGUAAAAAGUACAGUGUUGUGUGAGCUUACUUGACAUGUAACAAAUCAUUACAGUUUUUAAUUUGUGUGGUUUUUAAUGCAACUACUUUUAAUAUAUGUCAAUGCAAAUUGCAGCUAUUUGUAUUUGUACAUCAUUUGUGAUGAGUGGUAAAUAUGCUUUGGUUGCCACUUAAAAUUUGUUUCAAGUUGACAAUUCUGAAAUCCCUGUUUCAAUACUGGAAACUUAAGGAAGUCUAUUAAUGCAAAAGUGAAGUUGCCAACUCUAUAAUAGCAAAUUUUCCUGACCAAGUAUCCCGGUACAUUUUGCACUUAGUGUUAGACCCCUUGACACCAUCACACUUUUUUUGUGCAGUAUAACUUUAUAUAUUCAGAAUAUUUCUUAAAAUAAUAUAACUAAAAAAAUAUUAAGGGAUAUAGGUCUAUUUGUUUUUAUUUAAAUAUUGAGUGAUUAUUAUUUGGUGAAUUUUAUUUAAAAGUAACCAAUAUUUUUUAUUUCCUGAUAUGACCACGACUUUUCAACAUGAUUGUAAGGCCUGUUAAUUUUCAAAAAAGGUUUUAACAUAUCUGGUUGUGGAAUAAAAAUGUUAUCAGAGAACCCUUCUCUUUCUCAGAAAUAAUCAUAUUUUAAAAUAAAUAUGCGUACUAUUUUGUGGUGCAUUUUACAAA